CGGAGGCACCCUGACCCCGCACAGCCACCACCCACACGCCGCUACAGCCGGACCAAGCCUCGGUCCUUUUAAACACGAAACAAGGCUUAAUAUUCAAACUCCAGCCCAGCCCAGUCGAUGACAGUCAGGACGAUGGUUUACUUCUGUCCUGACUCGACUCCGUGAGCAAGGCUGAACUUUCCCGAUCCUGCUCCCUGUGCGGUGGAUUCCUCCGGGCUUCAGGUGGAUUCCUCCGGGCUUUGCUCCGGGCUUCACCGGGGCCACAGCGGCCGGUGUCGCCGGGACAUCAUACAACAAGUGGCCGCGGGGAGGAGACUGAGAGCCCGCAGAGGAGCAGCGACCCAGCCGAACCGUGGAGAUGAAUCCACCGAGGAACCAGCCGUGAUCACCCCGGUGGGAAGCUGCUGGGAAACGACUCAUCGCAGGGAACGAACUCUCAAAGUGGGUUUCUGUGGAUCGGGACUCGUUCACGUCGACGUCCAAACUUUUCUCCCCUAACAUCAUCGUGCGAGGCGACCAUGGAGCGGGAGCAGGAGCGGGAGAUCUCGGACCUGGAGCAGCAGGACGGCUCCUCCAUGGCGGGCACCGGGGUCCUGCUGGUGGUGAACCACUCCCGGGUCCGGCCUCCCUUCAGCGUGGUGCUGGCCACCGUCCUCUACUGCGCAGAGUUCAUCUCCGCCGCCGUGCUGUGCAGCAAGUACCGCAAGACCCACGACCUGGCCUGGAUGAGCUCCACCAUCUUCUUCAUGCUGCUGCCCGCCGUGCUCAUCCAGCUCACCCUCACCUUCAUCCACCGGGACCUGGGUCGGGACCGGCCCCUGGUGCUCUUCCUGCACCUGCUGCUGCUCGGCCCGGUCAUCAGGUGUGUCGAGGCUCUCCUGGUCUACUUCAGGGCGGGUAAGGAGGAGGAGCCCUACGUCACCAUCUCCAGGAAGAUCAGCCUGAAGAAGGGCCAGAGGAUGCCCAUCGAGUGGGAAAUCGGCCAAUCGGAGCGCAACCUGGCCGCUCACCGGAACGCCUUCAAGCGCACGGCCGUCAUCCAGGCCUUCCUGGGCUCCACGCCUCAGCUGACCCUCCAGCUGUACGCCAGCAUCCAGGAGAAAUACUUCCUCCCCACGAGAAUGACCCUGAUGGUCAUCACCCUCAUCUCCAUCACCUACGGGGCCCUGGUCUGCAGCGUGCUGGCCAUCCAGAUCCGGUACGACGACUACAAGGUGCGGCUGCGUCCCCUGGCCUACCUGUGCAUGAUCGUGUGGCGAGGGCUGGAGAUCGCCACCCGGAUCACCGCCCUGGUUCUCUUCAGCUCGGCGCUCACUCACUGGGUGGUCCUCGUGGUCCUGGCCAACCUGCUGUUUUUCUUCUUCCUGCCCUGGGGGGAGUUCUGGGCCAAGAAGGGCUCGCUGACCGAGAACGUGGAGAAGAACUUCUCCAAGCUGGGCACCACGGUGGUGCUGUGCAUGUUCACGCUGCUCUACGCCUGCAUCAACAUCUUCUGCUGGUCGGCGGUGCAGCUGGACCUCUCCCACCGAGAGCUCAUCGAGAGGAAGCAGCACUGGGAGCGGCUGGCCAUGUACUACUUCGGACGCUUUCUGGAGAACUUCCUGCUCGUGGCGCUCUGGUACUUCUACAAGUCGGACUUCUACGAGUACGUGUGCGCCCCCCUGCUGUGCGUCCAGCUGCUGGUCUGCUACAGCAUGGCCGUGCUCUUCAUGCUGAUCUUCUAUCAGUUCUGCCACCCCUGCCGGCGCCUCUUCAAGCACAACAUCCACGACGGCCUGCACGGUGUCUGCUGCCGUUCAGGGAGCCGCACGGAGACCGGGAGGAUGCCGUCCUCUUACUCCACCGCUGCCACCAUGGUGCUGGUGUCGGAGGGGCCGCAGGAGCAUCUGGUCGGGCAGCGGGAUACCGCGAUUGUGGAGGACAAGAUGGAAGCAGCCUGAGAGGGGCUUUCUGCUGAAUCACAUGUACUGAACUCAACCUCUCUAAUGUAGAAAUGCAUCCUGGGAAUAGCAAGGCAUGACGGUGGCGCCGAAACAAGACCUGGAGUAGUCUCCCACAAAAACCAGAAUGAGUUUGUGUCUUUGUGUAAAUGAGGUGUCGGAGAACAAACACUCUGCCUUUUUAUUCUUUUAAGUGCAAAAACAAAAAACUUCACCCAGUUCUCGCAUGGUUCUCUGUGCGGGAUUGAGGUCAAUGCCUGAUGUCUUUAUUAAGAAUGAUUACAUUCACUUUAGGGCCCCAAGAAGCCCCGGUUUACCAAAGAAUGUAAUGUGUCGAUAUAAGCAGCAAUGCACAAAGGCCGCCUUGAGAGAGCAGCAGCGUGUCAGGUACAGGCCGGAGCCAGGUGUGUAGGGAAACGUGCCAAGUGUGAUCCAAGUGCCCGAAGAGAGACCGACAGGCACGAGCCCCAGUCUGUCUCCUGUCUCCUGUCUCCUGUCUCCUGUCUCCUUGCACACGGCUGCAUGUACACUACACUACAAAAAGCCGGAAGGAAAGGAAAGGUUACAACAAUCUUUUUCUUCCUCAUGCCUGACACCUGCAUAAACCUGCUGUGAUGAAUGCCUUGUGUUGUUCAUUGUCCGGUCUGGUUUUUAAGGUUUUAUUAAAUAAAAAAGAAUCGACAGGUCAUUGUAAAAUAUUCUGUCUAAAGGGAAUAUGAAAGUUACAUUAGAUGAGGCCUUAAGAAGAGUGACACUGAAUGAGCUUCUUCUGCUACACUGAAGCGAUUUCACUUUUUUUGCUGAAUUUUUAUGUUUUGUCACAUACGUGUUCGUGAUUUGACUACUCCUGUGUUACUUGAAACUAAAAUAAAAUGAAAUGUCUAAACCCUUA